AUUUGUGCACGUACCCCGCUUUCGUUUGUUGUCAACGGGUUAAAGUGAAAAAGAGAUGUAAACAAACGCGUUUUGUAGCGGAUUAAAGUCAAAACCGAAUCAUUAGCCGAGUUUAUGUGGACUUAAUCCACGGGCUGGAGCCUAUGAGGUUCUUUAGGCCGCGUUUUGAACAUUGGUUGGUGAAGUUAAAGCAGUUUGAUGUGUUUUUUCUUCAGUUUUCUUUUAACGAAAUGAAUGGCGUCCUGUUUCAAGUUUGCCCACUUUUUACACGCUUCAGAUUCGUCUUCGCCAACAGACGAGAGGUCAUCACAAGAAGAACGCCAGACUUCUGAGUCUCAGAUCAGCGAGCAUCGUCUGGUAAUUUCCUAAUAAACACGUCUCAUCUACAAACGCAGGAAUGGGCAAGGAGAGAACGCUCCACUGUUCAGAGUGCGGGAAGAGCUUCACUCAUCUGUGUAAUCUCCAGCAACAUCAGCGCAUCCACACAGGAGAGAAGCCGUUCUGCUGCUCACAGUGCGGGAAGAGUUUUACUCACGCAAGUAACCUAAAAAAACACGAGCGCAUUCACACAGGCGAGAAGCCUUGCAUGUGUUCGGAGUGCGGAAAGAGUUUUAUCGACAGAAAUACGCUCAUAACGCAUCAGCGCAUUCACAGUGGAGAAAAGCCGUAUUCCUGCCCACAGUGUGGGAAGAGUUUUAGCCGACAAAAUACUCUCCAAAUACACUUCCGCAUCCAUACAGGAGAGAAGCCGUACUUCUGCUCACAGUGCGGGAAGAGUUUUACCGACAGUGGUGCCCUUAAGAAUCACCAGCGCACUCACACGGGAGAGAAGCCGUAUGUCUGUCCACAGUGCGGUAAGGGUUUUAGUCAACAGAGCACUCUCCAGCAACACCAGCGCACCCACACAGGAGAGAAGCCGUAUUUUUGUUCAGAUUGUGGGAAGAGUUUUACCCAACAGAGCACUCUGCAACUACACCAGCGCACCCACUCCGGAGAGAAACCCUAUAACUGCUUACAGUGUGGGAAGAGUUUUACUCAUAAGUAUAGUUUCCUACGACAUCAACGCAUUCACACAAUAUAAAAACCAUACUAAUGCACUCGGGGUGCAAAGAGUUUUGACUGUAGAAAUGCUUAUAAACACUAAAGGCUACCAUGCAACGAAAGCAUUGCGUCAUGCAGUGUCUAGAAAUUUUUAAUGUUUGUUUUUGAUGGAGGUAAACAAGCUGGAAGUGACAUUCAGCUUGUGUCAUGUAGCAUUUUGCUAGUCCUGCAUUAAUAUUAACUCAGAUUCACACUGGUGUAAAGAUCAGUAGGAUUUCAGGGUGCAGGAGGUGGAGGUGCUGAGGGUGUAGCACCAACUUGCCAGACCACAGGACACAUUUCCACUUUGUGUCAGUCCAUUUGAGUCGAGCUUUAACCCAGAGAAGUGGGCAGCGUUUCUGGAUGUUGUUUAUAUAUGGGAUCUGCUUUGCGUGGUAGAGUCUUAACCUGCAUUUAUAGAUGCAUCAUCAAACUAUGUUUACAGACAAGGGUUUUCUGAUGUAUCUCCAAGCCCAGGUGGUGAUAUUCGUUAGAGAAGACUGUUGGUUUUUAAUGCAGUCUUGGUUUUUGGGACGGAAGGCCACAUGCAUUCAGCACUGGUUUCCAGCCUUGUCUUUUACACACAGAGAUUUCCCUGGAUCUCUUUUAAUAAUGUUGUGGAUUGUAUUUGGUGAAAUCCCUGAAUUCCUUGAAAUCAUGCACUGAUGUACACUGUUCAACUGUUUGCUCACACAAAGUGGUGACUGAGCCUUUUGUUGAGCAACCCAAUUAUAAUAGCAUCGCCUAUUACCUAUUCACCUGUUUACCUGUGGAAAGUUCCAAAACUGAAGUUUUGACAUUCCACAAACUUCCCACUCUUGCAUCACCCCCGUUUUAAACUUUUUUGGAAUGUUUUGCAGGCGUCAAAUUUGGAAUUAGCAUGAAUUUACACAAAUCAAUAAAGUUGAUAAGGCAAAAAAAAUUUUCUUUGUGUGUUUUCAGUUGAAUAUCUGUAAAAGACACUUUACAAAUGAGGACAUCUUAUUGAUUUGGAUUUUACCUGCUGUUCCAACUUUUUUGAAGUUGGGUUUGCAUUUAUUUUCUUUCCCAAUCUGCAGAAGCGUGCACUGUUUAAGUCAACAGUGUAUUUUCAUUAAAGGAAACCAGGUUUCCUCCCUGGACGCUGGUGGUGUGUUGUUACAACACAAGCAGCAGUGGGCUACUUCUACAUUAACAAUGCUGUUAAUGUAGUUUUUAAAAAAAUCAUCUGUUAUAAUAUCGCUUUGAAUAUUGUCUGAGCGUUGAAUCCCAAGUGACACCGUUGGUUUCUGUGCCAGCUGUAUGUGUAUGUAGUCGUCUCUCGCCACAUUACUGCAUGUUAUAGUUUGUUCUGUUUGCUGUAAAUUUAAAUAAAUAAUAACAAA